AUGGGGAACAGCUGCUGUCGGGCAGCGAUCCCAUGUGAGGAGGCGCCCAGCCAGGUGGUGCACGAGACUGCAGAGGCUUCCAGCAGCGAAGUUGAAGAUCUGCUUCGAGAACUGUUCCGGUUGCACGACCUCAACAACAAUGGCCUCCUUGAGAUUGAGGAACUUGUGCAGCUAAAUUCAAAGGUGGCCCUCCUCCACCGCGGAAAGGACGCAAACCUGCUGGCAGUGAAAGCCAGGUACCGGGAGCUCUUCAAGGAGCGCCUGGAUCCCGAUGGCCAUCCGGUGAAGUUUGAAACCUUCCGGAAGUAUGUCAUCCAGGUGUUGGACGGCAUUGACCGCGAUCCAAUGGCUCAGGAGAUGAUGCUUGAGCAAUUCGUAGCAGAGGCCAAGUCUGCACGUGCUGUCUUUCACGCGCCGUCCUUUGCAAGCCAUGCGGACAAGGCGUUCCUCCCGCAUCUGUCCUUCCACGUAAACUCCUUUCCGAGGAGAAGUCCAGACAAGAUGACCAGCCACGAUACGCGCAAGCCUCCUUCUAAGGAUGUGAAGGUCAAAGCCGCCUUGGGUGGUGCAUGA